AUGCCGAUUUCUUUCUCUCGUCCGGGUUUUUGGGCUGAGAAUUUCGAAUUCCGUCCGCCUGAUUUCUUUCUCACUCUUCUUCCACAGAAAUCCCUUUAUGACAUCGCGAAUAUCUAUCAAGCUAGCUCUGAUCAUUUUUCAUCACCUUUUUUUAUUUCUGUCUUUCUUAGAUUUCUUUUCUUUUUCAUAUUUUAUUUCGUUUUGUCUUUUUUUUUUCCGUCUGGCUUUUCCUCCUUUUAUUUAUAUUUUUCUUUUCUUUUUGAUCGUUUAUUUUUCGUACUUUUUCUUUCAUUAUUCUAUCUUUUUUUCUUUACUCUUUCUUUGUUUCAUACUUUCUUUUCUUUUCUCUUUUCUUCCUUUUCUUUUCUCUUGCUUUUCUUCUUUUCGGUGAUUCGUCUUUCUUUUUUGUCUUUUUUACAAUCAUUGUUCUUUAUUCUUUCUUUCUUUCAGUCUUUUUCUUUAUUAUUCCUCUCUAGGUUUCUUUCUGACUUUAUUCUUUUUCAUUAUUUUUUUUUAGCUAUAAAUAUUUUAUCAUCUAUCUAUGUAUUUAUUUCUUCGACAUUUAGUUGCGAAUAUAUCUAUAACUCUUUCAUCCUUGCUCCUUAUCAUUUUGCUAAUUUGGCCUCUUUGCUAUUUCAUCCUCCCACUGUAACAUUUUUCUCUUUCACCCUCUCUCUCUCUUUCUCGUUUUGCUUUUUCACCCUCCCUCUUUGUCCUUGGACUCUUUCAUCCUCUACUCUUUGUCAUUUUACAAUUUCGGCACCCCACUUUCUCGUUUCACUCUUUCAACCUCUCUCUUUCUCCGCCCCACUUUCGCGUUUCAUUCUUUCACCCUCUCUCUUUCUUGUUUUGCACUUUCACCCUCCCUCUUUGUUCUUUGACUCUAACAUCCUCACUCGUUGUCAUUUUACUUUUUCAACGUCCACCAUUCUCUCACCCUGUUUCUCACUUUACUCUUCCACCCUUUCUCUUCAUACGUUCACUGUUUUUAACCCCCUCUUUAUCUAUCUUUCUUUGCACUUUUUGCUCUUGAAUCCUCGCUCUUUGUCAUUUGCCCAUUUAUCCACACAUUUGACCAUUUUAAUAUUUAAUCCCCCCACGUUAUCAUUUUAUUCUUUUACCUACCCUUUCUCUCGCUUUACUCUCUUUCAACCUCUCUGUUUGUCAUGUUGUUCUCUCACCGUCCCCACUUGGACCUUUGACUCUUUCAACGUCACUCUCUGCCAUUUUACCCUUUCAUUAUCUCCCUUUCUCAUUUCACAUUUUGACCGUCUCCCUUUCUCGCUUUACUCUUUCAACCUCUUUCUUUAUCAUAUUGUUCUCUCACCGUCUCCCUUGGAUUUUUUACUUUCAUCCUCACUCUCUGUCAUUUUACCCUUUCACCAUCUCUCUUUCUCGUUUGACACCCAUCUCCCUUUCUCGUUUCACUCUCUCUCUCUCUCUCUCUCUCUCUCUCUCUCACUCUCUCUUGGUCUUUUUUGA